AUGGGCCUCGACUGGAAGGUGUUCCAGAACACGAUCAACGGCAAGCAGGAGACGACGCAGCAGAAGCGCCAUGGAGUAAACCCAGCGACGGGCGAAAACGGUCCCGAGGUCCCCGUCUCCACGAAGGAGGAGGUCGACCGUGCGAUGAAGGCAGCAGCGGACGCGUUUGAGAGCUGGAGCGAGGUCCCAUGGGAAGAGCGCAAGAAGGCCGUUUUGGCGUAUGCGGACGGUUUGGAGGCUGAGAAGGAGAACUUUGCGCAGGAGUUGACGAAGGAGCAGGGAAAGCCCCUAGCCUUCGCACGAGCCGAAGUCGACGCAGCGCUCCACUGGAUCCGCACUGUCGCUACCCUCGAGCUCCCCGAGGAGACAGUGACAGAGGGUGACAAGGAAAUUGUCGUCCGCUUCACACCACUCGGUGUCACGGUCGGCAUUGUGCCAUGGAAUUUCCCCAUCCAGCUCGCUGUCGGAAAGAUCGCUCCCUCCGUCUUGACCGGAAACCCAAUCAUCGUCAAGCCAUCACCAUUCACGCCUGCGUGCGGCCUCAAGCUUGCAGAACUCGCUCAGCAGUAUUUCCCUCCCGGUGUCGUCCAGGGAUUGUCUGGUGGUGAUGACUUGGGCCCUAUGCUUACGUCCCAUCCUACCCCUGCUAAGAUCAGCUUCACUGGAUCGACGUUCACGGGUAAGAAGGUCAUGGAGAGUGCGAGUAAGACUUUGAAGCGCGUGACAUUGGAGCUUGGAGGAAAUGACCCCGCAGUCAUUCUCGACGACGUGAACAUUGAUGAGAUUGCACAGAAGGUUGCAGGCCUUGCAUUCUUGAACUCUGGACAGAUCUGCAUCGCCCUCAAGCGCAUCUUCGUCCAGGAAUCGAUAGCAGACAAGUUCCUUGAGGCCAUGGUCAAGGCAACCAAGAACUUCAAGGUUGGACCGGGAACGGAGCCAGACGUCUACCUGGGCCCCAUCCAGAACAAGAUGCAGUACGAGCGCGUCAAGGGCUUCUUCACCGACAUCGAAAAGGAGAACUGGAAGGUCGCUGUCGGAGGCAAGAACCCCGACGGCCCAGGCUACUUCAUCACUCCCACCAUCAUCGACCGACCAGACGAGAACUCGCGCAUCGUCACCGAAGAACCAUUCGGUCCCAUCGUCCCCUUCCUAACCUUCAACACCGACGCCGAUGGCAUCAAGAAAGCCAACGACACGUCCAUGGGUCUCGGCGCCUCCGUCUGGUCCAGCGACCUCGAGCGCGCCGCCAAGGUCGCACGCAAGAUCCGCGCCGGAAACGUCUGGGUCAAUGCGCAUCUCGAGCUCGACCCAAGAUUUCCAUUCUCUGGCCACAAGGAGAGCGGCAUUGGAUCUGAAUGGGGCAUUACUGGGCUGAAGGCGUAUUGCAAUACGCAGACGCUGUACUUGAAGAGGAAGGAAUGA